GACUGGAACGGGUCACUAUGUUUGGAAUACUGAUUAGUGUCAAGAAAAAUGGCAUAGAUCAGCUCUAUAGCGCCAUCGUUAAGCUCCUCGGCCCUUCACUACGGAAAACCCUAACCUAUUAUAUUUAACAGCUACUAGAAUGCAAUGUUGAUCGGACUGACGUUGCUGGAAUCCUGGUACUUGUUCUGAAUCAGUGGAAACCAGCAGCAAAAUUGCUGAACAAUAGUAAUAUUUGGUUUGUUUCUCUCUCAAGAAUAUAUUUGCGCUGUGUUUUCGUCGUUUCCUUCUGUUUUUCUAGGUUUUGGUAUGAACUAGUGCAACUCAGUUUUAAGUUUUCCAGUCUUUGAAAAUGAUUAUCGCAGUGAAACCCUCUUUUCGAUAUUAGGGGUUUAGGGUUCAAAAGCCAGACAAAAUAGUCUUUAGUGUUUUAGGUGUUUUUAGAGGAUUCAAAACCGUUUAAAAAGGCUGGGAAAACCAGGAGCAAUUACCUCUACCUGUAAGCUUUUACAGUUUAAAACCCCGAAAAUCCGAGGAAAGGCAGGAAACAGAAAACAAACUUUCAGAAUAGCCCAAGUGAUAGUUUCCAUUGAACUAUGGCCUUUGCUUUGAGGAUUUCCGCCAUUUUUUGUCGAAACUACUCGGCUUCAUCCCCAUCAAUCCUGAACACAAAGGGCCUCCCCUUCCUCACCUCUAAACAGAAGAGCAGAGCGGCUCUUGCGUUGCUCAAAUCUGAGAAAGAUCCGGAACGUAUACUCCAGAUAUGCAGAGAGGCCUCUCUCACUCCUGAGAGUCACCUCGAUCGAGUGGCCUACACUGUUGCAGUCGAGAAACUCACAGCUACUCAGUCAUUUGCAGCCAUUAGAGAGUUCAUCGAAGAGCACAAGAAGAGACCUGACCUCCAAAAUGAACGUUUCAUGGUAAAAGCUAUUCUUCUUUAUGGGAAGGCUGGAAUGCUUGAUCAAGCAAUCCAAACUUUCAAGCAAAUGGGGGAUCUCAACUUGACUAGAACUGUUAAGUCCCUAAAUGCCUUGCUCUCUUCUUGCAUAAUUGCAAAGAAGUACAAGGAGGUAGCCAGGUUGUUUGAUGAGUAUUCUAAGGAUUAUAGUAUUAAACCUGAUACAGUUACUUAUAAUACUAUGAUUAAGGCUUUGUGUGAAUCAGAUUCUUCUGAUUCUGCUUUGGCUCUCUUGAAGGAAAUGGGGAAGAAGGGUUGCAAGCCCAAUGCAAUAUCUUAUGGCAAUUUGCUUGCUGGGUUUUAUAGAGAAGAGAAAUUUGACAAGGUUGGGGUGGUUUUGGACCUUAUGGAGAGGAAUGGUUGUCAUCCUGGUGUUACAACGUAUAAUGUUAGGAUACAGAGUCUCUGUAAAUUGAAGAAAUCAUCAGAGGCAAUGGCUUUAAUUAGGGGGAUGGUAUCCAAAGGAGUAAGACCCAACACUACAACAUUUUAUCAUUUGAUUUAUGGGUUUUGCAGGGAAGGUAAUUUGGAGGAGGCAAAGAAGGUAUUUUCUGAAAUGAAAAGCAGGGGCUGUGUACCUGAUAGCAAUUGCUAUUUUGCGCUGCUUUAUUAUCUCUGUGAAGGUGGGGAUUAUGAACCUGCGUUUAAGCUUUGCAGGGAGAGUAUGGAGAAGGAUUGGGUUCCAAGUUUUAAGGUUAUGAAGUCUCUUGUGAAUGGACUUGUCAAGCUUUCAAAGAUAGAAGCGGCAAAGGAAAUCAUUGGCGAAAUGAAGGAAAAGUUCCCAUCUAACUCUGAGAUGUGGGCAACAGUAGAACAAGGGCUUCCUCAGCAUUAAAGAGGGGCUUAUAUGCAAUUGAAAAAUAUCAGUUAGUACUGAACUACUGGGUUAAUUUACCUGAAGAAAUUGAUAUAUUGGUGGGAGUUAGAUAGAUUAGUCUGUUUGGUUAAUUAGCUGUUCAUAUAAAUUGUGGCAAAGUUGUUAAAUAGGUGGAUUUGGAGGAAUUUUUAUUGUAAUAAAUGUUUGGUGAAUAUGGUGUCUGGAAUCAUUUUUGGAAGUUCCUUUCUUUACCAUGGUUAGUUGUUUGAAAGGUGUGAACAUUAGGUAGAUGUUGUUUAGCCUCUCAGCAUGAAGAGACCAUUGCUGGGUUAUCGUGAGGGAGGAUCUCUUGAAAUGUCCAUGUCUUAUUUGCUGUUACACAUUCAACAUGGAGCUCAAUUAUGGUUCUUUUAAUCAAAUACAAUUUCCUUAUACU